UGGGACAGUCCCAGGGGUGGGGGUAGCCUCCACAGUCUCUGCAAGGCAGUUACCACCUUGACCCCCCACCCCUCACCCGGGUGAAAGUCUCCCCUCUGGCUGUAAUUCCACAGUUAGAACUUCAUACCUUUGGCUUAAAGAAUUUUCUGUUACCAUGUGGAUGCCCCAGGUCGAGGGGCCCACUCCUGCUUAAAAACACCAUGCGUGCAGAGUAUUGUAGGGAGCUCGGUAGUCAGCCAUUGGAGAGAAGGGGGCAGCGGCACUGAGAGACCGCCAGACCGGACAUGGCCUUGACUCCAGGGCCUGAUCUGCUCCUCCAUGAAGACCCGAAGAUGACACCUAGUCUCACCUCCUUUGCAGCCCCAGGUUUAGGCUCUGGUCCAGUCCCUGAGCCCAACCCAGAUAUGGCCCUGGUUCCGAUCUCGAAUUUACCCCUACGUCCUGGCUUGGCUCUUCUUCCAGACCUCAGUCCAACUUUGAGUCCCAUCUCAGAGGGUGCCCCCAGACUGGUGUCUGAUGACACCCUCAUCUCUGAUGACAGCAAGGCCUUGGCUCUGGCCUCCCUCCUGAUCCCCAGUGCCUGCUCUGCUGAAGCCCUGGAUCUGAAUUCUGACCACAUCUUGAGGCCCAACUCACAGGGACCCCUCUGUCCGGCCUCAAACCCCAUUCUGGGCCCUGGCUCUUUUGAGGCCACUGGUGUGAGUUCAGGGAACCACUCCAGGUCAAACGCUGAGGAGGCCAAGUGCCACUCGAGCAAGAUUUUUGAUUUGGGUCAGAGUAACUCCAAUCCUUCCAGGCCAGAAACAAACCCGUUUAUAAGGCCCCAGUCAAGAGAAGCCCUAGCUCUGGGCCAGCAUGUCUCCAGGCUGGGCUCCAAGGCGCUCCUCAUUCCAGCCUCAGACACUUUCCCGGACCCUGACUCCCAUCAGCUGCUCAGCGUUGGCUCAAAGACCAUCUCCAAGCUGAACCUGAAUGCGGCUCCAGAUUCUUACAAGACCCUAAUCCCAGACACAAACCAGUACAUCACUUUGGCUCCCCAUAACAUCUCUGGGUCUGUGUCAAAAGGAACGUUUGGUGCAACCUGGAGCUCCAGUUCCAAGGGAACCAUCAGUGCGGCUGCAAAUGACCACCCCAGAUCAGAUCUGAACAUGACCGUCACUCAGGCCUCGUGCGUGACCCUGAUUCCCGGCUCCAGCGACAGCCGCCACUCCAGCACCCACAGACCCAGCUCCGACAUCUCUCCCCACUCCUGCAUGACCUUGAUCCUGGGCUCCAACGAGACUCUGAGCCUGGGCUCCAGCCUCAUGUUCAGCGACACCUCCACCUUGACGCUGAGCAGCCAGCAGGAUUAUUCCGAGGACAAUAGCAUCCACACCGUGCCCUUGGAGGAGAACCUGGGGAGCUGGGGCGAGAUGGCCGGCAUCGAGGUGGGCCACUUCCCGCUGCGGCUGCCCAUCUGCAACACCACUGACACGGACACCACGGCCUUCCAAAGCAGCCCUGAGAAUGCAGGAGCCUUUGAUGAAGUGACCUCAUGCCUGGUGAAGGUGACAGAGAAGAAGGAAGAUGGCCACCACACGGGUCUGGUUUUGCCCUCCACUGCCUCCGAGGUCACCCUCCAGAAGGACAAGGACCUGCUGGAAGUGGAAGGAGAGAAGAAGACCAUGAUAAAGAAGAUGAUGAGGCAGAUCCAGGAGGAACCACUGGAUUCGCUCUCGAGCUCUGUCCGCCGGCAGGCCAUGGAGACCUUGACCCAGCUGAGCCACACGCAGCCCAUGCUGGGCAUGCGGGAGAGGUCGGAGCUGGUGAGCACGUGUGUGCAGAGCGUGUUCUCCCUGCCCUCCGUGCAGACCAUGCAGGAGAAGGAUGAGGCCAAGGCUGAAGCCAUCCAGACACUUUACCAUCAGACGCUGGAUGCCCUGCAGACGCUGCUCAAGGCCCUCUUUAUUGAGGACCCCACUCCUGCCGGACUGAAGAGCAUCUUGGAGCCACUGGGGCCCUGGAUGAACUCUGGGAAGGCCCACGAGCGAGCGCGGGCUGUGAACAGCAACGUCUCUGUAUUGAAUUACACUCUCCUGACCCUGCCUUUCUUUAUGUCCUCGGGGUUCCCGGCGCUGGGGCUUCUGCUGGGAAGGCUCAUCCUUCGCAUCGGGGAUCCUGAUGAGGAGAUCGGCCGGGAGGCCCUGGACGGCAUCAUCAUUCUCUACACUAUUCUGGAGCUCCAAAAACGAGCCAGAGACAAGGAGGAGACCAACAAGAAGGAACUGUACGAGAGCAACAAGCGUUUCCUGGGGCCCUACAACCCGGUCAGCCCGUGCCAGAACAUCCUGCGUGUGAUCGCGGAAUUUGGAGACUUCCUGGGCCCUCAGCAGGUGAAGGACCUGCUGCUGGCUGCCCUGGAAGGACUGAAAGGCGGCUCGGAGGCUCGCGGGAAGGAGUCCGGGGAGAUGAUGCAGCUGGCCUCGGAGGUCACGCUCAGCUCAGUGCUGGAGUGGUACCGCCACAGGGCGCUGGAGGUGAUCCCAGAAAUCAUGCAGGGCAUCUACGUGCAGCUGAGCCACAUCCAGGAGCCACGGGCCCGCGAGGUGGCCCUGCUGCCAGUCUCCCUCCUGGCCAGCUCCUUCAUGACCGAGGUCGUGGUGGCCCUGCUCAUGUGCCCCCUCCCGCUGGACAGCAAUGGGGCAGAGAUGUGGCGGCAGCUGAUACUGCGCAAGCCCAGCUGCGAUGUGCGGGACCUCCUAGAUCUGCUCCUGACCAGCCUGAAGGAGAAACCUGUCACCAAGAAGGGCCGGGCCUCCAUCGUUCCCCUGGCGGCAGCCAGCGGCCUAUGCGAGCUCCUGUCGGUCAACAGCUGCGUGGGCCGCGUGAGGCGCAUCUACCCGCAGCUGCUCCUGGCCCUGCUCAUUCAGGUCCACUACCACAUCGGUCUCAGCCUGCCGGGCCGCGUGGCGCCUCGCCGGGAGGCCAAGAAGGACGCGCCGCUCCCGGUCUUCGUGCCUGUGCGCUGGGUGGUGAAAGUGGUGAAAACCCUGCUGCUGAAGAUGGGCUGUUCUUAUGAGGCCACCUUCCUGGAGGACCAGGGUGGCUGGGAGCUUAUGGGACAGGCAGAGAACCACCACCGCGGAGUGUCCCUGCUGGCAAGGGCCAUGGUGCAGUAUUCCUGCCAGGAGCUGUGCCGUAUUCUCUACCUGCUCAUCCCGCUCCUGGAGCGAGGCGACGAGAAGCACAAGAUCACAGCCACUGCUUUCUUCGUGGAGCUCCUCCAGAUGGAGCAGGUGCGGAGGAUCCCCGAGGAGUACUCUCUGGGGCGGAUGGCAGAAGGCCUGAACCACCGGGACCCUGUCAUGAAGGUGCUGUCCAUCCGAGGCUUGGUCAUCUUGGCCCGCAGGACUGAGAAGACAGCCAAGGUGCAGGCCCUCCUGCCCUCCAUGGUGAAGGGCCUGAAGUGCGUGGACGGGAUGCUGGUGGUGGAGGCGGUCCACAACAUCAAGACCAUCUUCAAGGGGCAGGACCGGAAGCUGAUGGACAGCUCAGUGUACGCGGAGAUGCUGCAGGUCCUGCUGCCGCACUUCAGUGAUUCGCGUGAGGAUGUGCGCUCCUCCUGCAUCAACCUGUACGGGAAGGUGGUGCACCUGCUCCGGUCGGCACACGCCCAGGCCCUGGAGGAACAGUUGACCAGCACGCUGGUGCCCCUGCUGCUGAUCAUGCAGGAGGGCAACGCCAAGGUGAGCCAGAAAUGUGUGAAGACCCUGUUCCGCUGUUCCUGCUUCAUGGCAUGGGAGUUGCCGAAAAAAGCGUACAGCCGGAAGCCCUGGGAUGACCAGCCACAGGUGGUGCCCAAGAUCUGCAAGUACCUUGUGAAUACCCAUCGAGACUGCGCCUUCACAUUCCUCAGCCAGAGCCUAGACUACUCCAAGAACUCCCGGGCCUCCCUCCGGAAGUCCUCGGUCAUGUUCAUAGGGUCCCUGGUCCCCUGCAUGGAGAGCAUCAUGACAGAGGACCGUCUGGACGAAGUGAAAGCCGCCCUGGAACUCCUGAGACACGACCCAGAAGCAUCGGUGUGUAUCUGUGCAGCCCAGGCCCAGGACCACAUCCUGGCCAGCUGCUGGAGGAACUCCUGGCCACUGCCACACGGGGACUCGUGGGUGUGUGACCCAGCCAGCACGCACCGCUGGAGCCCCAGCUGUGAGAACCUGCCCACAUCCCACCAGCGGCGCUCCUGGGUCAUGAAGGCGCUGGCUUCCUGGAAGAUGUCCUUGAAGCAGUGAUGUCCCCGCCCCACCCACACUCACUGUAAAUGCUCCAUGGCUGACCUCCCCACCCUGGGCAUCUCCUCACGGGGAUGCCCCAGGCUCU